AUGUUUUAUGAAUAUGAUCCUAUUGAUCAGGACACCUUAAGAAGAGAUAAUUAACUAAAUGGCUUAUUGACCAAAAUUCGGGAAGAUGUUAUGAAAGGUUAUGUUAUUGAGGUUAAAACAAGGACUCACACUUAUCAUUAAGUAAAAGUAUUGUUCAAAUUAGUUAGAAAAUAAUUCAAAGUAAACUUCAGGAGUCUCCUCCAAAAACAAUUCUUUAAUCAAAGAUCCUGGAUCUAAUUUAAAUGAAAUCAAUAAAAUUAAAGACUUAGAUGAAAUUAUUCUCUCAUCAUAAAGAGAUAAUCAAUAAAUUAUUCGAUUGACUAAUCCAUUAAGUUAAAAUCCUCCAAAAGUUAAGAGCGAAAUUGUUAAACCUAUUGUCUUUGAUAAUCAUUUACAAUCUGAACAAACAUUGUUAUCAUUUCCAAGCAAACCAGAUAUAGUUUAUCAUCCUAAUAAUAUCAAUUAACAAUUAGAUUAUAUUGAAGCCUCAUUAGAAUUAGGAAAUUAUAUUGAAUUUAUUAAAAUACUCAAAAAAAUUUAAAAAGAAAUUUAAGAAUCCAUGGAAAAAAACAUUUAUUCCAACAAUUUAUUAAUAGCUAAUGGUAUUCAAAUGAUUAGAGUAUUAUGCUUAUUAACCAGAUUUUAUAAACAAAUCUUUAAUUUUUCUGAUGCCAUUAAAUCAUUAAAACAAAUUAAAAAAAUGUUUAAAAUUUCAGAUCCUAAUUUAAUAGGAUAAUUAUAAAUAGAAUUAGGAAAGUUAUUAUUUCUCAAUCAAUAAUAUAAUCUUUCCUAAAAAACCUUUUAUGAAGCACUUUUACAUUAUGAAUAAUUACAAUGGAAAAAAGAAAUUGCUAAUAUUUUAUUAUGGAUGGCUAGAUUAAAUUCUUGGACAAGUAAUUUAUUUAAAAAUAAUAUUUUAGAAAAUUUUGAACCUGCUAAAAAAAUGAUUUAUGGAGCUAUUUCUAUUUUAAAAGAGUAUCUUCCAGAUGAUGAUGAACAAAUUGCAGAAGCUUAUGUUGUUUUAGGAGAAAAUAGUUAUAUAGCCAAAAAUUCAGAUUAAGCAUUAGAAUUUUUAAUGAAAGCAAUAUAGAUAAAGUUUAAGAAACAUAAAACAUAUAAACAUAUUAAAUUCGUAGAAGCUUACAAUUUGGUAGCCUUGACUUAUGGAUUAGUUCCAGAUAUAUAAUAAUCUCUUAGUUACUUUAUAUAAGCCUUAUAAUGUUUUUAGUAUUCAAUAUUAAUAAUAUAGAUGUAACUGUAUACAGCGAGCUUAAAUUCUCAAUAAUCUUGCUGUGAUUUAUUAAUCAUUAGGUAAUGUUGAAAAGGCUUAAAAAUGUCACUAAAGAGCUAAAGAAAUCUAUGAUUCAUAUUUACCAGAUAAGCAUCUUUAAAUGGAGAGAUUACUCUUAAAUUAAACUUUUCUAUUUUCAAAAUGA